GAAUCUGUUUGUAGCUCACCUGUUCUAGGUGUUGUAAUCCGUCUAUGUUCUCUCACUGAUUCAUCUGAGCCUUCUUAACACCUCACAGAAGGAAGGACUGCUCAUGUUGGACUCUCAGUAAUUCAGGAAGCAGAGACUCGGGCUGUAUCACCACACACAGAACCAGCAAAGUGGAUCAACCACAGACAGUUGACCCACAAACUACUAAGUUCAUAACUUUGAGCUGCAGAUGGUCACAGAAUUCUGGGAUGUUUGAGAUAAAAUAAUUCAUUUACUCUCAGUGAAUGACUUUCACUGUGAUGGACCUGUCUGUUCCAGGUGAGCUGUGGUUGGCUGGCAAUGGACCAAUCUCUGAAGGGCCAUGUAAGUGUGCUCAGCUGUUUCCCGUCAUCUGUGGGCAGGGAUGUUGUUAUUGCCGUGGUGAAGCCCUUGGCAGCAGGCCUCGGAAACCCCAGUACCCGCAUACUGCUAUGUACUGACCGACAGGUGAAGUGGACCAUGGAAGUCCUCUGUUAUGGUCUUAGUCUGCCAUUAGACAGAAACACUGUCAAACUCUGUGUGGACGUUUACACUGAUUGGAUGAUGGCCUUGGUGUCCCAACCAAGCUCCACCCCUUUACCGAUCAGCAGAGACCCCAACCUGUACGUCCAGAGGAUCCUUCGACAUCUUUACAUCCUCUUCCUGCCCAGGUCAGACCAGGUGAGUCCGUUCUACCUGUCUAUCUGUCAGCAGGUGCUGGGUUCUGUCCAGUCUCUGGCCAGAGAGACUUCAGUGAUGAGCAGAGAAACUUGGGAGACUCUGCUGCAUUUCCUGCUGCGUAUCAACCACAUCAUACUGGCCCCGCCCGCUCCUGCAGGAGGCAUAUCGGACCUGUUCGUGGUGGUCCUCCUAGAUGUGUGGCUGCAGGCGUGUUCUCGCUGUUUUCCGUCCCGCUCAUUGUGGCAGACGUUCAGACAGAUGUUUAGCAGCUGGAGACAUCAGCCUGUUGUGGUGGAGCAGUGGAGUCGAGUCGCUGCAGCAUUAACCUCCAGGCUGCUUCCUAAGAUGUUUGGACCAUCCUUUCCUCACUUCAAAGUUCCAGAUGAAGAUUCAGCUCUGGUUCCUGCAAACAUGGAAGAUGAACGUGUCUCUCACACUUGGUUCAAGUUCCUACACAUGUUCAGUAACCCAGUGGACCUGAUUCGCCCAGCAGUCAGUUCCUCUAUGUCCUCCUCCCAGGACGAAGUGUUUGAAAGAGAAGACAGUCAGCUGCCAGGAAUCUUCUUCAGAGCCAUGAGAGGAGUCAGUGAACUGGUCGACGCCUUCCUCGGACUCACGGCAGCAACUCAUUUCAGAGACAGAGUACCUUCUCUGGGAUUCUCUGGAAGCAGAGGUCUGUUCAGAGACCGCCUCCCUCUGUAUGGGUUCUCACGGCCUCGUUCUGGGACUGCCCCACCCACACCUGUGAACUUUCCAAGUGUACCCGAUGCCCCGCCCUCUAAAAGCUCCUCACCACCACACAAACGACAGCUAAGGGCAGAACAUGUGCCCAAAUUAUCAUCGACAUCUUCACCCCCCCAUCAUUGGAUGUCUUCCUCCCCUCUACCCCCUUCCUCUCUACCUCUGAGCUCAUCAGCCCACCCUCUGAGGUGUGCCAUGGAUUCCCUCCUGCACUUGUUUGGCUCCUGGCUGUUUGAUGCUGCUGGGACAACCUCCGUGUCUGAUCGGUCCUGUAAACGGACUGAUGUCACUGUAAUGUCAGAGCAAUGGGCAGCAGGGAGAGCAGAGGCCUGUGGGACGCUCUGUAGGAUUUUUACGUGCAAGAAGACGGCAGAAAACAUUCAGUCUAUCUACUUGUCUAGGUUCUACCUGAUUCUCCUGCACAGCCUCCAGGAGGUGUGUCCUCCUGUAGCAGUCUCUAUCCUGCUGAACUCCACCUGUCUGUUUUGCUGCGACCUAAGAGGAGUCAACCUGCUGCUGCCGUCCUUCCUCUCCGUCCUGGAGAUGGUGCUGCUCGACAGGGAUCUGGUCCAGUUUAAGGGCCUCGUCAGUCCCGUGGAUUUAAGGCGCUCUUCUAUCUUCAUCCUGCUGUCUCUGAUGCCCCUCCCCCAGCAGCUUGGAUCUGUCCAAUUGCAGGACUCUAUGGACAUGAUGAUGAGCUCUGAUGAUGCAUUAGCAGGUCAUUUGCUAUCUUAUAAGCCCCGCCUCCUCAGCCUUCUGAUUGGAGCUUUACAGACAGAGACCACCACCUUCAACAUCCAGCUGCUCCUGGCCGCCGUUUUGAAUGUAGUCCAUGACUUGGCUGCAGCGGAGGCCCCUACCAUCUCACCUGAACCUGCUGAGAAAACUGAGGCCCAUUAUGGGGCAACCAGUGGAACCAAUACAACCAGGACAACAACUAUCCAGUCAGAAGCAGCGAUCCUUUGGGUUCACGUUGUUCGUCUACUGGCUCAGCGUCUGACGUCUCAGUGGAGAAAAGACUCAGCGAUUUGUCUGUCCACACUGGAAGUACUGGGAGGCCUGGCCAAGGUGGAGGUCCAGGUGGAGGACUUGGAGAGGCGCCGUGCUGUCAGUUCUGUCUGCACCUACAUUGUGUUCCAGUGUAGUCGUCCUCCUCCACUUCACUCCAGGGACCUGCACUCCAUCAUUGUCGCAGCUUUCUGCUGCCUGAACAUCUGGCUGAGCCAGCACCCAGUUCUGCUGCACGAGCAGGAGUGUCUGUUAGAGGUUCUGGAGAUCGUAGAGUUGGGAAUCUCAGGCAGCAAGUCCAGACAAGACCAGAAAGUGGCAUGGAAGGAGGAUAAAGAGCUGAACCCCGUCUCUCUGAGGGUGAAGGAGGCGGCUGAGGCAACACUGAGCUGUAUCAUGCAGGUUUCAGGAGCAUGCACAUGUCUACAUGGGUCUCUCAGAGAGGACAUUCUGAUGUUGAAUGACAGCACCCUGAAGAAGUCCAGAUAUUUUGUGCUGGAAGGUUCUGUGAUCCUGGCCAUGUAUGAGCCAAAACCAGGACCUGAUCAGGACCCAUGUCCGUCUUUGCUGGUGGUCUUUAGAGGACCAUCAGGACAUCACAGCUGGUCUCUACAGCUCCACCUGCUGCCCAAAGAUGGACAAGCAAAACAGACUCAGAGAACUCUGAUCCCAGAACAACAGCGUUCAGUAGCUGAAGAUUUUGAAAAGAAAUGUGCCAUCAACCAUCAGCAGGUUCCUAAAAACAUGGAGAGAAUUCCUUCAGUUAGAGCGGAUCAGAGUAUCCCCGCUCUGAACAACACUGGAACUGCUGAGGUACAGCAGCAGUUGAUGCAUCUGCAAGCAACCUUGAAGACUCAGCAGCAUAUUGAAGCUCGGCCUCAGCUGAGAGGCCAUUCAGUCGCUAUGGUGACUUGCAGACCACCUCCUCCAGUCAGCUGUUUCCAAGUGACGAGACUCUUCCUAUCCCACCUGGGUUUGCUGACUCCUGAGAGUGUAAAGGAUCCAGGUAUCAACAGUGUCCAGACUGGGCUCUUGUUUCUGGACUCUUCUCUUCCAGGUUUCUCAGAGAACCUGAGACAUUUGGACCAGCUUCCGUCCAGAAAUAGUGAUUAUGCCUUUGUAUUCUACAUGAGAGCAGGACAGAGGAAACCCAGAGAGAUUUUGGGGAAUGUAGAGAAGCAGACCAGUGUCAACGAUCAUUUCCUGGACUUCCUGUCGUCUCUUGGUUGGCCUGAAGAAGUGGGGCGGAUUCAGGUGGACAGAGCCAGUCGUUCAGAAUUCCCGGCUGUUUUGGGUGACAGCGGAGGCAGCGUGUUUGAUGGACGGAGGUUCGUCCUGAAGUUUGCAGACGCUUUAACGCAGAUUACCUUCAUUGUUCCUUCAUCGAAUACCUACACAGCUGAUUGGCUGAAGAGUUAUGAGGAGGUGGGGCAAGCCACUGUUUCAUCAUCCAACCAGAGACGAUCUGAGACCCGGCCAUCAGAAGACAUCAGGUCCUGUCAUGGUGUCUCAUUUUUCAACUCUGACUCAAAGCUGCUGAUCAUUUGGGUCGAACGCUUCGAGGACAUUGAGAAGUUUCCUGUGAGUGAACUGCUGUUAGAGACAAGAGCGCAGACAAAGACAAGUUCAUCCAGCAUCCAACUGAUCUUCAUCCAUCCUUUGAAAACGGGACUGUACAGGAUAUGUUUCCAUGGAAACACCUCUAUCAAGUUUGGACUUGUUGUCCCAUUGAUGAAUGGGAUUGUGACCAGCAGGAGGUCUCUGGGAUUCCUGGUCACUGAGAUGGUCUCUAACUGCUGUCAUCGUUGUCGGUUGGACAGUGACUCCGCCCCUCCGCCUCACGUCAGAAGGAAAAACCUGAUCAAUGAUAUCGUCCUUUCUUACAAGAGCUGCUGCUCAGAACCUGCCUUCUACUCUGCCCUGUUCCAUAUUUGAUCUGUUACUAUGGUAACCAGGUGUUUAAUUUUCAGGAAACAGCAUCAGAAUGGGUCAGACCAACCAAUCAGAGAGCAGAGAAUUAAAAGGAAAAUAAUAGAAAUUAUUUAGUUAAUCAAAAUGAAAGGAUACACCAACUGAUGAGGUCAGCUGUGGCUUUAUAACCAGUGUGGAGAGCUACAGGUAGAACAGGGCUUCGUAUUUCUGGUUUCUGAUAAGAUCUGUCAGCUAAAGCAGUUAAUUCAACCAAACCCAUUCAUCUCUGAAUUAAGGUCCAGUUCAAGAGAGUCACAUCCAGUCUGAUCGAGUGUGAUCCGCUUCAUAUGGGUCUGAUCCAGUUUGAGUGCUGAUACAUAUCAGUGUGUGGAACUGCUGCAGAUAUUCUCUGUCAGAACCUAAGUUGUGAGCAGUUGGAACAGUUUCUACCUGAAGAUCAGGAAAAGUCCAAACCAUUUACUGAGCACUAGGAACAAAAUGUGAUGUAACAUGGUGUUGGAAACCCGGUCCAAUCACAGCUAUAGGCCAAAUCCAUAACCUAGUACCAGUUUAUCUGUUAAUCAGUCACAUCCUUGAUCUACUGAAUAAUAAACAUCAGGUCAAAGUCUGGUCCUGGUGGGGUCCAGUUCAGCUCUAAAAUUCCCUCUUUGAUCAUUCUCAGAUCAAAAACCCAAACAUCAGGUGUUCAACUGAGUGUUGUGAGGACUUCUGUCACAGAACCAUCCAGAACUUCUUGUUUAGUUGUUAUAAGUACCUCUGAGGAACCAGGGAGUCCUUUGGUUAGAACUCCUGUUCCUCCUGCUAGGAUGAAGGUGUCUGAUCCAUGAAUCAGAACAAUACAACAUUUUAAUUUCACUCAUACUGUAACCAGUUAAAAGUCCAACAUUAAGUUCAGUUUUAUCAACUGGUGGUUUGAUUUUCAACACACUGAGUUCAUUUUUCUCUGCUCUGUUCUGAUCUUCUGGUUUAUUCAGAGAUUCAAGUUUGCUGUUUCCUCAUCUAUAAUCUGAGAUGCUCUCUGUGUUCCUCAAGACCUCAGUUUGCUGUUCAGUCAUUUCCAUUCAGAAUAAAGACCUUUUAUCAUC